CUUGUGCACAGUUGUUUAGGCAUUGAGCAGAAAUAAUGCUGAUUAUUGAUGUUUAUACAUACUGACAAUAUAUGGAUGGACUGAUUUAACACAAAGCGUUUUAUCGGAGGAGAGCAGACCGAUGGAGGAGAUACAGAGGUGAUGCUUUGUAGCCUAAUAGCCACUCUUGGUUUCUCACCCACACACUGAAAGCUCUGGACUGAGUCUACAUAAAUACAGUACUGCUAGCACAAUGGAUGGGAUGCAUCGUCUGUGCCCUCCUCUUCUUCGUACUUAUAGAUCUUAGUACUAAUAAGGAUCAGCAAGCUGUUCAGAUAAAGCCCUGCCCUCUCGGAUCUGAUGGAUGCAAGUGUACCAAUUGGACUCCCAGGCCUGUUUUGCUCCAAAUUAAGUCUGGAGGUAAUUAAUCGUGUUAACAGAUCUGGGUUUUACGCCUUUGACUGUCUUUAGGGACCUGCAUAGAACAACAUUGCUCGGGUACCAGCGCUUCAUGCCCAUCUUGUGUUACUAAUGUCUUUUUGAGUGUUGGGAUGUAGUAGGGAUGUACUCGCCACAGAGGAAGGACUUUGUCUCUUUGACACUGGGAGACCAGCAUAGUCUCAGCUACACCAACGGCAAGCACCACAAACUGUCCUGCUGGAGGAAAUGGAAGCAGCUGUCUCGACUUCAACGCAGUCUCAUUCUUUUCCUGCUGGCCUUCCUCUUCAUCUGUGGGAUUCUUUCAUAUCCAAGUCUUACAGAGCAGUGGAGAGGCUUCUCUGAUAGAUCAAUCAAGGAGGACUGGGAAGAGAUGGAUAACAGAGGUCUCAGGCCCAUCCCUCCUGGCUUCGUCCCAAAACAACUGGUGGUGCCUCUCCCUGAGGUCAUCGAGGAUAUCCCACCGGAACUGCUGCCAGAGACUCAAAGACCAAGUGUUCCAAUCCUUCCCAAACCUCCAGCCAUGAGGAAGCCCCCCAGCAAGCGCGGUCCUCCUGCCCUACAGAAACGAGGGAAUGUGACCAACUGGCAGUUGAAAGACAAAGAAGAGCCCGUGGCCAAGAAAGACGAAGAGGAAGGAAAAGAAGUGAACACGGUCAUUAGCUGGCGUGGGGCAAUGAUAGAGGCAGAACAGGGAACGGAGCUUCAACCCACCGGUCGUGGAAAAGAGGCAGGAACACCGGCUGAUUCUGAGGGGGCUGCCCCCUUAAAACCAGUGACAGUUAAACCUGUGGAUCGUGUAGAGGCAGUGCUUGAGGCCUUCAGGCAUGCAUGGAAAGGCUAUAAGGCAUUUGCGUGGGGUCAUGAUGAACUGAAGCCUAUCUCUAAGACUCAUGGAGAGUGGUUCGGCCUGGGUCUCACUCUGAUAGAUGCACUGGACACUAUGUGGAUAAUGGGCCUGAAGGACGAGUUUGAAGAAGCUAGAAAAUGGGUCGAGACAGAAUUAUCCUUUUCCAAGAAUGUGGAUGUAAACCUUUUUGAGAGUACGAUCCGUAUUUUAGGGGGACUCUUGAGCACAUACCACCUGACUGGAGACACUCUGUUCCUGGACAAAGCUAAAGACUUUGGCUCCAGAUUAAUGCCUGCCUUUAAAACCCCAUCUAAAAUCCCCUUCUCUGACGUGAACAUUGGUAAAGGAACGGCUCAUCCUCCACGCUGGACCACAGACAGCACUGUUGCAGAAGUGACAAGCAUUCAGCUUGAAUUCAGAGAGCUCAGCAGACUUACUCAUGACCCACAGUACCAGAAAGCAGUGGAAGACGUGACAAGACAGGUACACACGUUAGAAGGAAAGCAUGAUGGUCUGGUGCCCAUGUUCAUAAACGCCAGCAGUGGGAAAUUCACGCGCAAAGGGGCCUUCACGCUGGGGGCACGUGCUGACAGUUACUACGAAUACCUGCUCAAACAGUGGCUACAGGGUGGCAAGAAAGAGACCGAGCUGCUCGAGGACUAUCUUCAGGCUAUAGAGGGCGUCAAAAAGAAUCUCCUGAGACAAACAUCUCCAAGUAAACUGACCUUCGUAGGGGAGCUGUCCAACGGCCGUAUCAACCCCAAGAUGGAUCAUUUAGUGUGUUUUUUGCCUGGCACUUUGGCUCUUGGUGCUCAUAAUGGUCUGCCUUUGGAUCACAUGGAUCUGGCCCUGCAGUUAAUGGAGACUUGUCAUCAGAUGUAUGCGCAGAUGGAGACGGGCUUGAGCCCUGAGAUUACUCACUUUAACUUGCAGUACCACAACGAACGAGACAUAGAUGUAAAGCCUGCAGACAGACACAAUGUACUAAGGCCUGAGACCGUGGAGAGUCUAUUCUACAUGUACAGAUUCACCAAGGACAGCAAAUACAGGGACUGGGGCUGGGACAUCCUACAGAGUUUUAACAAGCACACUAGAGUCCCCAGUGGUGGCUACACAUCUAUAGGUAACGUCCGUGACCCUGUGAACCCUGCGCCUAGAGACAAGAUGGAGAGCUUCUUCCUGGGAGAGACGCUGAAGUAUCUCUUCCUUCUGUUCUCUGACGACAACGAGCUGAUCAGUCUGGAUAAGUACGUGUUUAACACUGAGGCCCAUCCUCUUCCUAUAUAUGGCCUUCUACAUCCUGACGAGAGAGACUGGGCUCAUGAUGGUCCUGAUGUAGACCUCAAAAAGAAAUGAUGCAUGCUUGCAUAGGAAGUGACUCCUCAAAAGUUUUGUAUUAGAUUCUUAUGGUGGGAAGCGCUGUAGAGUUGAUUCUAUUCUGAAUAGAGGUUGUGAGUUAUGAACUGACCUUUAACUGUGCACUGAGGUUUAUUAGAAAACGGUGAGACUUUUUAAUCAUCUAGAGGGGUUUUACAAUGAAAUAUUUGGUGGCGGUAUCACUGAUUUUUUGUAGGAAAAAGCUUGGUGUCAUGAAAUCGUGUUCUUUAAAGACAACGUGAAUUAUCUCAAACACUGUCCACUUUAGUUGUUUACUUUAAUCUAUGAACUCACAGGACGACUGCAGAGGCACUUUUGCAUGUUGGACAAGUCCAUCAGAUACUCAAAAUGCGUCCUGUGACGUGGAGGAUGUCUCAUCUUCCACAUUUGGGACGGAAACAUUAAUGUCAAUGCUCCAUAAAUCACAAGGCAGACUGUGAUUCACACACACACUGUGAAAAAAAAACAAGCAUUCUGUAAAAUGAAGACUUUUAUUCCAUUUUACAUGUUUCUGAGUAGAUGGAUGCUCUCGAUUCAAAUGCCUUGCCUUUAUGUUUGCAAGCUGUUCCAAAGGGACACUGCAAAUCAAUAUCUGUUUCCCUUUUGCAAGAGACAAGAUGCAUUGGGAAUUGGUUUGAGUAUUUAGCAGUUCCUCCUUUAGAUUUAUUUAAGUUAUUUGGGCUGGUUUGAAGCCUGCAGGAUUUUGUAUUUUUCUGUUAUUUAAUGUAACUUAAACCUUGCUUGAAUUGUUGCAUUGUAGAUUUGUUAUCAACAAAUUUUGUGGGCUCUUCCACAGCACUGGAUGCUUUGACGAUACAUUUAGUUCCAACUGAGAUCAAAUAUGUAUAUAUGAUCUUAUCCUAAUUCAAAUUUCACAGAUGACUAAAAGCUCAACUAAUUGAAAAGUAGCUUGAAGGAUAAACUGUUUGUCAUAAACAGGACCACUGAAGUUGUUGCUGCUAUUAAAGCUGCAAAAUUUCCGUUUGUUGUAUCAGAGCGCAGCGCUGAUCUAUAUCCACGCACUGCCAUCUGUUACAAUAAUGUUGGAUGAUUGUAAACAGGUUUGCAGAGUUUCAGUUGUACAUCAAAUGCUUAUUUCUUAAUUUAGGUCCUUGAAUGCUCCGGUAACAUUUUUGGUAACAUUUUUCAAUAAGGUUGAUAAUGAACAAUACUAACAAUAAUUGCAGCAUGUUUUAAUCUUGGUUCAUGUUAAUUUCUACAUAUACAUUUAUAACAUUUAAAGUAACAUUAGGUAAUGCAUUAUGAAAUAAAGUGAACUAAGAAUAAAAUAUAAAUUAACAUCAACCAAGAUUUAUAAAUGCUGUAAAAAAUUAUUACUUGUUAGUUCAUGAUACCUUUAAUGCAUUAAAGGGACAGUUCACCUAAAAAUGAAAAUCUGUCCUUAUUUACUCAUCCCCAUGUUGUUACAAAGUAUGACUUUCUUCCGUGGAAUACAAAAGGAGAAUGUACCGUUGUAGCUCAAACAGUACAGUUGCUGAUCUUUUGUGUUCUUUAGAAGAAAUAAAUGAAUAUGGGUUUGGAGAAACAUGAGGGUGAGUAAAUGAUGAGAGAAUUUUCAUUUUUGGGUGAACAAUCCCUUUAAUGCAAUAUGAACUAACAUGAGCAGUAUUAUAUUUAUAAAUUAACAUUAAAGGGAUAGUUCACCCAGAAAUGAAAAUUCUCUCAUCAUUUACUCACCCUCAUGCCAUCCCAGAUACGUAUGACUUUCUUUCUUCUGCUGAACACCAACAAAGAUUUUUAGAAGCAUAUCUCAUCUCUGUAGGUCCAUACAAUGCAAGUGAAUGGUGGCCAACAUUUUUAAGGUCCAAAAAGCAUAAAAGGCAGCAUAAAAGAAGUCUAUACCUCUCCAGUGGUUAAAUCCAUGUCUUUAGAAUCAAUAUGAUAAGUGUGGGUGAGAAACAGAUCAACAUUUAAGCCCUUUUUACUAUAAAUUAUCCUCGCUGCCCAGUAGGUGGCGAUAUUAACAAAGAAUGUGAAUGUGAAAGUGAAAGUGGAGAUUUAUAGCUUUUUGUACCUUCAAAGUUUUGGCCACUAUUUACUUGCAUUCUGUGGACCUACAGAGCUGAGAUAUUCUUCUAAAAAUUUUCAUUUGUGUUCAGCAGAAAAAAGAAAGUCAUACACAUCUGGGAUGGCAUGAGGGAGAGUAAAUUAUGAGAGAAGUUCACCCAAAAAGGAAAAUAUCUCUUUAACCAGGAUGAAUAAAUUCUAUAAAUAUACUCAUAUAUUGUUCUUUUGUUAAUCCAUAAUACCUAAUGCAUUUAGUAAUUUUAAGAAAUAGAAACUUAUUGUAAAAUUUUACCAAUAUAUUAUUUUCCAAAAAGAAAAUGCUUGGAAACUCCAUUCUUGACUAUUGUGUGCCACCUAGACAUGUUGAGUUUAUUUGUGCUGUCAAGUUUAUGUUGUUCCUAUCAUUUUAUCUGUCUCUGGCCAAACAACAACCAUCCAAUCAUGAUAUUUGAGACUUUUGAAUCUGUCAGACUAGAGCAAAAUGAUCUUUCAGCUGAAACAAUUCAUUUUCAGGGUGAUUGACAUUUGCAUUAUAAUAUGUCUGUUCCAUGAUACAACCCUCUUGCUGCUUCUAGUGAUAUAAUGUAAGAAUCUGCAUCUCUUGUGCCUUUUGAUUGAUAAGAAUCUGGAAUAAUCUGUGCCAUAAUGACAGAUUUUUCACUGAUUGCUUCUCUCCGCUCUUUGCUGCAAUCAGCGGUUUGUUAUUACCGCUUGUGAUCGCUAGCAAGUGUUAAAUGAAGUAGCUCAGAGUGGACACAGAUCGGAUGAGGGUUUGUGAAGGUCAGUGUGUGUUACAUUUAUUAAUAUCCAGCACAGCUGAAUUGUAUUUAAUAAUGUAAAGUUGUGAUUGCAUAGAUGCUACCAGACAGGAGCAGGUCUCUGGGGUUGCUGACAUUCAUUAUGUAAAAAAGAUGAUUAGAGGUGUAAUUGUAAAUCAGUGACCAUAUAUAUAAGUUAAGGAAUUGUUGAUAGCCAUUGGAAUUUAUGCAACUUUAUUUUGAUUGAUUUUUUUUUUUUUGUUUGUUUUUGGUUUUGUUUUUGUUUUUUUGAAUUGCUUUGUACUUUCUUAUUAGUUGUGCUGUGACGGAAAAGAAAAUAGUAAAAUGAAGUCACAGGCUUAUGUUCAAUAACAAAUGCUUUUGAGAUUUUGUAUCACAGAAUGUAUAUUUCUACAAUAAUUUCCGCCUGUGGAGCGAGUUCUUUCAAACCAAAAUGGACCUACCAACCUAGUGCAAUUAUACUUUUGUUACUUUUUGGAUUACAUCAUGUCAGUUACAUGCUAUGAAAAAAAAAAAAAAAACAUAGGCUUGCCAACCGUGUAUGGUAUCCUGUCUUUGUCCUGCCAAAUGCUCACCCCUGGAGAUGGAUAAGAUAUGAAUAUUGUACUUUAACUUAUUUAAAGGUAUAGAUCACCUCAAAAUGAAAAUUGUGUCAUUUACUUACCCUCAUGUUGUUUUAAACCAGUAUGAAUUUCUGUCUUCUGCGGAACACAAAAAGAGUAGUUAGGCUCAUUCAUCAUUCUCUUGUAUCCUUUUUCCUUUUCAGUGAAAGUGAAUUGUGAUUGUGGCUGUCAGUCCCUAAAAUUUUGCCUUUUGUGUUCCGUGGAAUUGUGGAUUCAUAUGGGUUUGAAAUGAAUUUUGAAUGAGUAAAUGAGGAGAUUUUUCAUUUUCAGGUGAACUAUCCUUUUAAAUCCCUCAUUCCAUCCUUGUAACUGCCAUUUAAAUACCCUGCCUUCAUGUUGUGGGGUGACUAAGCUUUACAAGCGCACAUUUAUUUUGUACAGUAUUUGCACUGUAGUUACACUUCAUAUAGUAACUUCUUUUCUGUACAGUCUUGCAACUAUUGAUUUAACAGCUUUCAAUGCAUCAGUUAACAAAAUAAAGCAGACGAGCAGUUAAAGUUAUGGCAGUACGGUCUUUUUAAUGACUGCAGUAUAUUGUUUUCCACUGGCAUAUUUGAAAUCGCAGUCAGAUCCAAUACACCGCCUGACACCUAGUCAGAUAUGUACUUCGGUUACGCCUUUGUUAUCUCUGAUCCUACUCGGAUGGCCCUCUCAACCAGGGCAGAAACAGCACUGCAAGGAUUUCCAAUUUACUC